AUGGCGGCCAGAGCUGUAGCCGAAGUCAAACCUUUAUUAUCAUCUACCUCUAUCGAAGCUAGAAGACGAGUCUUUAAUCUCUACAGAGAAUGGUAUAGAGAGGUCCCACGGGCUAUACAAACGUAUAAACUUGAUAUUACAGUGGAUGAAGGCAGAAAUAAGGUUAGGGAAAUGUUUUUGAGAAAUGCUGGAAUUCAUGACUUGCGAAAAAUCGACAUGCUGAUUAUCAAGGGUCGUAUGGAAUUACAGGAAAUAAACAGCAUAUGGAAAGCUAAGACUCAUAUUAUGAGAUACUUUGAAGAAACUAAACCGGAAAGGCCUAAAGAAUUUUUGUCCAAAUUUUUAGAUGGUCAUUAUAAUUAA